GUGGAGGCGGUGCUCUCUGCAGACAGCAGGCAGCAUAGCAGCAGCAGCAGCAGCAGCAGGGCUGGGCAGCACAGAAAGAUCCAGCAGGGAGGAGACACCCAGCCAAACAAACGAGGAGGAGGAAGGGACAGCACCAAGCAGCAAGAACACAAACGUCCUGACAGCGUCUGUCAACACGCCGGGGGGGACUGCUUUUUCAUCCCAUGUAUUAAUAAAACAGCCCGUCGUCACCAUGACAGCGGAGGAAACCAUAAACGUGAAGGAGGUGGAGAUCAUCAAGGCGAUCCUGGACUUCCUCAACUCUAGGAAGCUGCACAUCAGCAUGUUGGCUCUGGAGAAGGAGAGCGGCGUCAUCAACGGGCUCUACUCAGACGACAUGCUCUUCCUCAGGCAACUGGUGCUUGACGGCCAAUGGGAUGAGGUCUUGCAGUUCAUUCAGCCUCUGGAGUGCAUGGAUAAGUUUGACACAAAAAGGUUUCGUUACAUCAUCCUCAGGCAGAAGUUUCUGGAGGCUCUGUGUGUGAAUAACGCCAUGUCUGCAGAAGAUGAGCCACAGAAUUUGGAGUUCACCAUGCAGGAAGCAGUCAAGUGUCUCCAUGCCCUGGAGGAGUUCUGUCCCUCUAAAGACGACUACAGCAAACUGUGUCUGCUCCUCACGCUGCCUCGCCUCACAAACCACGCUGAGUUCAAGGACUGGAACCCGAGCACGGCCAGGGUUCAGUGUUUUGAGGAGGCCUGCAACAUGGUAGCAGACUUCAUCCCUGCAGACAGGAAGCUGAGUGAGGCCGGAUUCAAGGCCAGUAGGGAUCGACUCUUCCAGCUGCUCCUCAAGGGAGUCCUCUAUGAGUGCUGCGUGGAGUUCUGCCAGAGCAAGGCGACAGGUGAGGAGAUCACAGAGAGCGAGGUCCUCGUGGGCGUCGACAUGCUCUGCGGUAACGGCUGCGACGACCUGGACCUGUCCCUGCUCUCCUGGAUGCAGAACCUCUCCCACACCGUCUUCUCCUGCGCCUUCGAGCAGAAGCAACUCAACAUCCACGUGGACCGCUUGGUCAAGCCCACGAAGGCCGGCUACUCCGACCUCCUCACCCCGCUCAUCAGCAAACUGUCUCCGUACCCCUCCUCGCCGAUGCGCCGCCCCCAGUCCGCUGACACCUACAUGUCACGCUCCUUGAACCCGGCGUUGGACGGGUUGUCUUACGGGCUGUCUGGCCAGGAUAAGAGAGCGAGCGGCGGGGAGAUAGCGCCGGGUAAAGGGGUCUCUCCCAUGUCCCACUCGUUCGCCAACUUCCACUACCCCGGAGCAGGAGGGCAGAGCCUGAGCAGGAGUCUCAUGAUGGAGAGCGCCGACUGUCACAGCAUCUUCGAGGAAUCCCCUGAAACGUCAAGGACAGACACUCCUGUGGAUAAGAUGAUGGGUUCAGAUGGAGCUCAGAACCUGCGUCCUGAUUCAGCUCCGGGCGAGGACGCACCAUCAGAUGGCUCCGUUGACAGGAACGAGCUCCGUGACUCGACAGAGAAGUACGAGGAGUACUAUCGGCAGCGUCUCCGCGUGCAGCAGCACCUGGAGCAGAAGCAGCAGCAGAAGCAACUGUACCAGCAGAUGCUGCUGGAGGGAGGCGUCCAGACGGAUCCGCCGCCCAGCGACAUGCAGCACAGCCUCACCGAGAAGUUCCUCAACAGGUCCAUCCAGAAGCUGGAGGAGCUCAACGUGGGGAUGGAGGAUUUAGGGGAGGAGGUGAAGUCUCUGGCCCAGCAGUGCAAUGGCAACGGGAACACGCCCGCCGCUGAGGACAAUAACAACCCUCCAUCUGUGACCCCGGAGCAGACCCGAGGGGGAGGGGUGCUCAGCAGCACCCCGCAACACACCGUGGGGGGCCGCCUGGUCCCGCCUCCAGAUGAGUCCCCUGUCGUGUCCCAGAGUGAGCAGAAACAGAAAGGAAGUCAACAAGAAGACUCUCCAGGCUCCUUAACCCGAAGUAAAGAGGGCGACAAGACCAAAAGCUUGUUUGUGCCAGUGCACUCUAUGGAGGACACCCAGGCCGUUCGAGCGGUCGCCUUUCACCCGUCUGGAUCGCUCUACGCUGUUGGAUCCAACUCCAAAACUCUACGCGUCUGUGCUUAUCCAGAAACAUUAGACACAAGUGGUUCAGGUCCAAUAAAGCAGCCGGUCGUCCGCUUCAAGAGGAACAAACACCAUAAAGGGUCCAUCUACUGCGUGGCCUGGAGCCACUGCGGGCAGCUGCUGGCUACAGGCUCCAACGACAAAUAUGUCAAAGUCCUGCCUUUCAGUGCCGAGACAUGCAACGCCACCGGCCCAGACCUGGAGUUCAGCAUGCAUGACGGCACCAUCAGAGACCUGGCCUUCAUGGAGGGUCCAGAAAGUGGAGGGGCCAUCUUGAUCAGCGCCGGAGCUGGAGACUGUAACAUCUACACCACCGACUGUCAGAGAGGACAGGGUCUGCACGCCCUCAGCGGACACACAGGUCACAUUCUGUCUCUGUAUACGUGGGGAGGCUGGAUGAUCGCUUCCGGCUCUCAAGACAAGACGGUUCGUUUCUGGGACCUCAGGGUGCCCAGCUGUGUCCGAGUAGUGGGAACUGCUUUCCAUGGCUCAGGCAGUCCUGUUGCCUCGGUAGCAGUCGAUCCUACUGGCCGUCUCCUAGCAACAGGACAGGAAGACAGUGCGUGCAUGCUGUAUGACAUCAGAGGAGGACGAAUCGUCCAGGUGUACCGGCCGCACUCCAGUGACGUGCGAUCCGUCAGGUUCUCCCCUGGAGCACACUACCUGCUCACUGGCUCCUACGACACAAAGGUCAUAGUCACCAACCUCCAAGGUGACCUGACCAAGCCGCUGCCUCAGACCGUGGUGGGAGAGCACGGCGACAAGGUGAUUCAAUGUCGAUGGCACACACAAGACCUGUCCUUCCUCUCAUCAUCUGCUGAUCGCACUGUCACACUCUGGACACACAACCCAUAACACACACACACACACGCACAGACAACCAGUUAUAAUCUAAGACACACAUUCCCCCUAAACCCUCCUCCUGCACUAUCAACACCCUUUCAACACGCUUGACACACACACACACACACAUAUAUACAUGAACACACAAACAGGUGAAUGGGCCUUUCACUUCUGUCUGUAGGAAACCAAAAUGGAAACAAACCUCUGACACAUCAAAAGCACACGUUGCAUGUUCUCCUUUUUCUUUACAUCACUCACAUUGCAAACAGCAGAAUCACUCAUUAUUCUCACCAUCACUUCAUCUACACUCCGCACACACACACACACACACACACACACACAGACACACGCCACCAAUGAGUUGCUGCAUGUCCUUUUCACUGAGGAGCUGUUGAGGUCAGACAGGACAGAGUGCUUUGUUCAUGACGGUGCCUUCCUUGAGUUAUCAGUAUCCAUAACAAAAAUGUAAAAAUAUAAUAUGGUCAUUUUUCAAGAUCAAAUUUUGUUAAGUCACCUUGAGAAGUCCUACAUUCCUCCUUCGUUUGCAUAUCAUUUCCUUACAGCUGGUGUUACGCUGCUAUUGUUUGGGGAAACAAGUUGAACUUAUGGUGUAAAAUGUAAUUUUUUCAGUGUGUCAGUAGUGAGCUUUUUUCCUAUCAGGAGGCUGAUUCUGUGUAGAGGUCAUAUAUCAGCUGUUGCUUCCCUGUGGGAUGUGCUGAUGUCUAAUGUUUAACUGUACUCACGGCAUUGCUACAACUCAAAAUUGUGUAAAUUAGCUUGUGCAUUUGUUUUAAAUUUGAAAUCAGUGUUUUUUUUGCGCUGAAGCUGUUAAAGUGUCUUGCGAUGGCUUGCUUGCAAUGGAAGAUCGUUAUUAUGUCGGCGUCAAAGGGAAAUACAAAGUGUAAUUUGUGGGUGAGUGCACUUAGCAUUUUCAGUGUUCAAAAGCUUUGGUUUGUCUACUGUAACAAUAUAACAACAGUAGGUGGCAGUCUUUAGCCAUAGCGAGGGGUGAAAACCAGAUGCACAAUGAAAUCUGAAUGGAAGCACGGGUGUUUUGAUAUUUAUUUAGAACCAGUAUUUUGGGGCAUAUGCAUUGUAUUCUUUUCUUGUAUUUUACAUGAGCACUUUGUCUUUUAACAUUGUCUUCUAAUAUUAAUUUACUUACAAAGAUGCAUAUUUUACGUUACUGUAUAGUAUAUACUGUAUAUAUAUAUUGUUUUAACAAACAAGGCCAAACUAAUACGUACAUAGAUGUAUUUAUUUCAGUUGUGUUCAUGUAUGUACAGUUAUUAGUAUGUUUUUGAAAUGCUAGUGGCUCUUGUAUUCAGCCUUUCUAAUUCUUGUUUUAAAAAGUGACUUAUUAAAUUAAUUCAAGCUAACUCUAAGUCUGACUGCUGGUACGUUCAAUAAAGUGUCUUUUACA